AUGUCCAAAAAUUUGAUAAUUGUUCUUUUAAUUACAAUUGGUUUUUCAUAUGAAGUGCCAAAUAUGUUCUAUACCUUUUAACAAUAAUGGCCUGGUAGCAUUUGUUUAACUAAACAAUGUUAUAAGGAUAAUGUUGGAAAUUAUAAGGGUUAAUCGUGGGCCAUCCAUGGAUUAUGGCCAGGAGCUACAAAUGAUAGUGGGGAUUGCGAAGAACUCGAAGCCUGUACCAAUAAUAAAUUCAAAGAAUCAAACCUUUCGAAGACAACCAUGACUAAUUUGGAUUAAGCAUGGGUCGGUUUUUUCAAUCCAUCAGGAUCAUUUAGAGCACAUGAAUGGAAUAAGCAUGGUACUUGCUGGGAUGAAAAGGAUGAUUUAGUACCUUAAGUUCCUGGAAUGAAUGUCUAAGAAGAAUACUUUUAAACAACAUUAUAAUUAUGGAAAUCAUACAAUAUCUAUGAUAUUUUAUCUGCUGCUGGUAUUAAACCAGACGACAAUAAAUUAUACGAUACAGACAGUAUAUUAGAUGCCAUUGAAAAUAAAAUUGGAUCAACAGCUUAGUUAUUAUGCUCUAAAGAUUCAAAUAAUAAAUUAUUAUUGAUAAGUGUUUCAUUUUGUGUCAAUGAAUAAUAUUAACCAUAAAGAUGUCCUUGUGAUAUUUAUGGUGGAAUCCCUUGCGGAUCUAGAAAAAACGACAAGGUUCGUUAUCCAUUAUUCAGAUUGUGAUCAUUAAAUAAAUAAUAAGUUAUUUAACACAUAUUUAUCAUUC